GGACCAGUAAGUAAACUGAGGGGGGGAGAGAGGGAAAGAACGCAAUCGCUAACGGAUUUAGAUCGGUGGAUGAGGACGGAGGAGGGGAGCGAGGAGAUGAAGAAAAGACCGAGACAAGAAGAGGAAGAGAAUUUGACAGAUAUAUUUAAGAGGAGCAACAAAUUGAUAAGAUCACCGGACACAGUGGAUAAAGAAAAGGAAGAGAAAGAGGGAGGGGAUAGAAUGUUAAUCAGCUUGCUGAAGGAGAUAAAAGAAGAGAUGAUAGAUAUGAAGAGGGAAGUAAGGGAGAUGAAGGAAAAAAUGAAUGGAGUGGAAGACAAAAUGAACAAGGCAGAGGAAGGCUGGAAGUUAAGGGAAAAAAGGUUGGAAGGAAGAAUAGACAAGAUGGAGGAGAAAAUAAAAGAAAUCGAGCAGGAAAGAGAUAGAGAAAAGACAGGGAAUGGAGAAAGAAAUAUAGAUAAACAACAGACAAAGGAGAUGGAGGUGACAAGAGCAGAGGUGAGACAACUAAAGAAAGUGAUCGAGGAAAAAGAGAGAAAGGAGAGGAAAAACAACCUGGUAAUAAGAGGAUUGAAAAGAGGAGAGGGGGAUUGGAGAGAAACGGCGAAAGAUUUUCUAGCAAAAGAGUUCGGUGUGAAGGAAGGAGUGAAGAGGAUACAGAUCGUUGGGAAAGAAGGAAGAGAAGCAAUUAUAGUAGAGAUGAGCGGAUGGGAACUGAAAGAGGAAAUAAUGAAGGAGAAGAAAAAGUUAGGCAAUAGAAGGAUUUACAUCGACCAUGAUUUAACGCCGGAAGAAAGGCAGGUGCAGUGGAAGAUAAGAGAGAGAGCAAAGAAGGAGAAGCUGGAGGGAAAACAAGUCAAAAUAGGAUAUAGAAAGAUAAUUAUACAAGGAAAGAUUCACGUUUGUGACGACACGGAAUUGGUCAGUGAUACAAAUCUGCUCGGAGAUUCAUUUAAUAAUAAUGCCGAGGAAGAAUACCAUAAGCAUCGAGUGCCGCUGUUUGAUGGCACAAAUUAUAAUAACUGGAAAUUCAGGAUGGAAGUGUUGCUAGAGGAACUUGGUUUAAAGGCACAUGUCGAAUCUCAGGUUAUGGAAAGCACGAGAACGCAGGAAGAGACGCAAGAAGCUUACGAUCUGCGAAUAGCAACUUUAAAGAAAAAGGACACAAAGUUGCGUGUGCGUCAUCUCAGUGCGCUUUUGCAACGACCAACAUUCUUGUCGUAA